UAUAGCGGCGGCGGCGGCUGCGGGAUGGAGUUAAGCUCCCGGCUCCGUUAAAGACUGGCAUCGACUGCGGCGGCAGUCGAGAGAAGGAGGGAGCGGACCAUGAAGGGGGCUCUGGGUAGUCCAGUAGCAGCCGCCGCAGCCGCCGCCUCCGUGAUGCAGGAGAGUUUCGGCUGCGCGGUGGCCAACCGCUUCCACCAGCUACUGGACGACGAGUCGGACCCGUUCGACGUCCUGCACGAGGCCGAGCGGCAGCGGCAGCGGCAGCAGCAGCAGCAGCGCAAGAAGCGCGACGAGGCGGCGGGGGCUGCGGGAGGCGGUGGCGGGGCCGGGGGCCGGAGACCCGCCUCGGCCGGGGCUGCGGGCCUUAGAUUGAGUGGCGGCGGCGGCGGCGGGGGAGGCAGCGGCGGCAGCGGCCGGAGGGAGUCCCAGAAAGACCGCAAGAUCUUCUCCUCCCCCUUCUCCCAGCCCGACAGCUUUGGGGGAGGCCCGCAGCCGGCCGGUCAAAAGCGAGCUGCUAAAAGAGGGGAGCAGCAGGCAUGGAAUGAUAACCGAGGAGCAGAUGUAAAACUGGAUAAGACAGAACGAAGAACUUAUAGGGAAUAUCGACCCUAUGAAAUGGAGAGACAAGUGGAAUUUACAGUGGAGAAGUUUACAAUUGGAAAGCCAGUUGAAAGAUUUGAGCGGGAAAGACCAAUUAGAGGCCGUGGAGGCAUAAGAGGUGGAAUGCGAAGCAGAGGAAGAAGUGGUGGAAUGAACAGAACUUUUGAUGGGUUUGACCAAAGAGGGAAGAGAGAAUUUGAAAGACACAGUGGUGGAAAUGAUAAAAUUGAGUUGGAACAAACUGCUGCCAUGGAAGAGAGUGCAGAAAUAGAAGAGCACCAGGGAGUACCUGAAGGAGAAUCUUUGACUAAAGUUGCUGAAGUUGGGGAGCUAGAGGAAGAAUCUCAAGUUCAAGAAAUGACCUUAGAUGAAUGGAAAAACCUCCAAGAGCAAAAUCGACCAAAGCCUGAAUUCAACAUCCGAAAGCCUGAAUCCACUGUUCCUUCCAAAGCAGUGGUGAUUCACAAGUCAAAAUAUAGAGAUGAUAUGAUAAAGGAUGACUAUGAGGAUGACACCCAUGUUUUCAGAAAAGCAGCCAAUGACAUCACAUCCCAGUUGGAGAUUAAUUUUGGUAAUCUGCCUCGUCCUGGGCGAGGAAGCAGAGGUAGUACGCGAGGUCGAGGAAGAAUCAGGAGGAUGGAAGAAUCUGGACCCAAACCAGAAGUUGUGACACAAAUCAUCGCUCCAAACCCAGAUGACCCUGAAGACUUUCCUGCUUUAGCUUGAAAGAGCCCUCAUUCAACAGCAUCAUAAAGUAGCUUUGGCACAGCUAUGGGGGAAAAAAAAGACUUUCCUUCUAUGGGGAAGAGGGAUAGUCUCAAUUUAUGAAAACAAUAGAAGUUGCUUUUUCCCCCUUGUAGUGUGAACUUGUUGCACUUUUUGGUUUGGGAGUUUGAGGUAGGUGCAAUUCCAGAGGUUCCUUAGAGCAAGAGGUUCUAGAUUCAUUAAGAACUUUCUGCAAGGUGAGGGAUGAUGAUCAUUGUUAUACUCAAGGGAUUUCAAAUAAAGUUCAAGAAUGACGUUCGAGAUGUGUAUAUAGAGAAUGUAUUGAAAUUUUUCACAAAGCUAAAGAGUAAUAUAAGCUAUAAAUUAUAGUCCAUUGUUCAGGCUACAUCAAGCCCUGUAGACACUGGAGGUUGUUUUGCUUCAUUAUUAAAUUAUAUAUAACUUGGACAAAUUUAAGCAGUAACAGUUAUUUUCAGAGACCAAAAAAUUAAAAUACAAUUGAAUUAAUGGUUUUUCUUAUGUGUGUAUAAAUGUUAUGUAUCUCCUGAAUGUUUUUGUUUUCUUUCAUUUGCAAGGUAACUUUCAACUCUAUGCCCUAAAAGAGACUUUAAAUUUUUUAUUAUGCAAAUAUUGGUCACUACCUCAUGACAUGCCAUAUUUUUAAGGGGGUCAGAGAUUAUUGGGCAGGCAGGAGGGAAAAGACCAAAGCCAGGUAGGCAGUAGCUUUUUAACAGUGCCUUGAUCUUUGUGGUGUUUUCAAUGUUAGGUCUUACUAAGAAAAUAAGAAAAUUUACUUAGUGCACAGAUAAAAAUGUUUGCAUAGUCUCUAGUUUGAUGAAUUAUAUAUCAUCUGAUAUAGCCCAUCAAGCCUGCAAAAAAGGGGAGAAAGGAAAAGGAGAUGAUAAAGGGGAAAAUAGGUUGGUUGGUGGCAGUGACAAAAUUUAUCAUAGCCUUUGCUCCCUCUGUGUAUAGUUUUAUUUCUGCCUCAUAGAGUCCAAGAUCAAAAAAGCCACUUCAAGUUGCUGCUACAGAAGAUGGGAGAAACGUUCUUAUCUGCUGCUGUCUCCCUGCUUCCUUCAUCUUGCUCCCUUUCAUAAAAUUCAGCCAGAUUCAUUGGUGUCAUCGUCAAAACAAGGAAGAAUGUGAAACUACUUCACCCCACUCUAUUCUUCAACAUUAUAUAGGUUAAAAGAGAGUAGCAAACUUCUGUUUAAUAAACAAAAAAGCUGUGUGGAACCAUAUAAAAAUUUAGUUCCAAAUGUUUUUAAAUUACAUCUAGCUCACCUAUUUUUAGUCCCUUGGUAUUAAAUUCAUAUUUGAGCACUAGAGAUAUGUUAACAGAUUUGGUAUCAUUUCUUCCCUUUGGUAAACACAAUAAAACAAGACUGCUAAGCUGAAGUAAAAAGAAAUUAGUAAGAAUGAAUGUCAGGUUCAAUACUAUCCGUUAGUAUCUUGUGGGAAUAGUAUUUACAUUUGUUAAGUUGUCAUGUUAACUUAUUUCUCCUUGCUGUGUCUCAGAAGAAAUUGGCAAAGUAGAAAUAGUCUAUAAAAAACAUAUAAUAAUAAUAAUAAACAUAAUAGUAUAUAAAAAACAUCCCUCUGGAUGUAGGUUACACAUGGUGAUUGACUUGACCUCACAUUUAGCCAAAAUGCCUUGUGCUUUUCAAACCUUAAAAUGCUGCACCAUGUUGCUUUGUCUCAGAUGGCAUACUUUGCCCAUACCUUAGAACAAAUGUAAUUCGGGGGAGCAUGGUUUUCAAAGGGCCUGUUGUCUCAUCUGAGCCUCUUCGUGUACUUUGUUAACUAAGGCUGACCCACUGGGUGUGUAGACAAGAAUUGUACUGUAUGGUGGUAUGAUUUUGUUUUAAUUUUCUAGUGUACUAUGAGGAACUGUCUGGUUCCUAGAGAAAACCAGAAAGCAGGGAAAUUUUUAUUCAGUACUUUAUUGUAGCAGUAGAAGAUGAGACUGUGGGGAGGAAUAAGAAUUUAGCUGUAUAUAUUUGUCAUAAUUUUUUUUAGCCUCUACGUGGGUUUGAAAGCAGAUCUGUCACUUGCCAACCUAUUUCUAGGGCAGGUGGUGCAUGUUUUGUUUUUUUUUUAACAACACAAAAAAGGAGGCAGUUUCCUAGAAGGCAUAUCACUGGAUGCUGUCAGGUCUUCCUAUUUCCUAAAAUAGUUUGUUCAAUAAGAUCAAAGUGAUCUGGAAGCCCUUCAGGCAUUUUAAAUUUGUAGCAAAAGAAUUCAAAAGUACACUUAAAGGGGGAGGAUGGGUUGGAUUAAAACAAGAAUGAAAAAACUGCAAUCUAGAUCAAGGUGUUUUACCUGGGGCCCUGAAUUUUUUUUUUGUCUUUUAACAACUGUUUUCAAUGUAAUUGGUUUCCUUUGUACUCACAUAUAUUUUAUCAUUUACAAACGUUAUUCUAAGGAGGAGUCUGCCACACACUAAACUUAAGAGUCCCAAAUCUGGAUAGUGUCUGACACAUAAGUAGUCGUUUAAUGAAUGCUUGUUGACUGACAAAAAUCUAGUUGCUCUAAGCCUACAAAAUAUGUGAGUUAUAGAACUUCUGGUUACCUAAGGGUAGGCCAAUUCUGUUGUCUGUAUGAAAAUGGUUCACAAGUUGAUUUCCAAGGAAAUAACUACUGCUGGAGUUGGGUUAGAUAUGUCUUAAUUUUUUGGAAACUGGUGUUGUGGUUUGAUUUGGUAGGAAAAAAAGUCACCAGUAACAGGUGAGAAGUGAUCACAAUUUUUGUUCAAAUAUCAUUCUAUUUUGUUGUGAAUAGGUUUCAUAACUCUAUCAUUUGGAUAAAAUUUCAGGUACAAUGGUUUUAAAUGCCAGUUGAACUGAUCCUGAAUUGUAUCACAUGGCUAAUGUUAAAUAGUGAUUUUAUUGAUAAAUCUGUGGUGGUAACACUGUACUACUUACGAUCCCAUAUAGAUGAAUGCUACAGCAGCAGCAUUUUGUACAUAUUUCUCUGCCCUGUUUUGAACUCAAUAAAUGUUUCCUGUAUGUGUUCCUGUGAA